GAAGAGCUCAGCAAGCCUACUGGUUACUUCUUCUUCCACGUAAAGGUCUUGGGACUCGUAGUUUUCCCUGCUUCGUGCUUUCCGCUUCCAGCUCUAUUUUCGACUACGUUUACCAUAGUGCCAUGUAAUUAAGACUCCUCCUAUCACCAAAGGCGGACACACACUUUGAAGAAGAUAGCUCCUCCCGCUCUUUCCUCCAUUGGCAGAGCUGCCGCAUGCUGUGCAUUGUGGGUACUAGCCCGUUCUUCGCCUGCACCUCAGACGAACUUACGGGAGGCGAGGCGCGUGAGGUAUCUGCUGAGGAGCUUGCUUCUUUGGAAUUCCUCGCUUCUUUGGAAUUCCUCACUUCCUGGCCAUCGAGAACGUGGCGGGAAUGGAGACAGAACUCCGGCGGUGCCUUCUGGGCUCCCUCUCCCUACUUUUGUUGCCGCUGCUGCUGUUGCUGCUGACGACAAUGCCGGGCGCCUUGGGCUUCGCUACCGCCUUAGACAGCGACUUCACCUUCACGCUUCCUGCCGGCCGCAAGGAAUGCUUCUUCCAGCCCAUGCAAAGAGAGGCCUCCCUAGAGAUCGAGUAUCAGGUUCUUGAUGGGGCUGGUUUAGAUGUUGAUUUUCACCUAGUAUCUCCAAAGGAUGAAACACUGGUGUUUGAACAGAGAAAAUCAGAUGGAGUCCACACAGUGGAGACUGAAGAUGGUGAUUAUAUGUUCUGCUUUGACAACACGUUCAGCACCCUGUCAGAGAAGGUGAUUUUCUUUGAACUGAUCUUGGAUAACAUGGGAGACGAUGAGCAAGAGGACUGGAAGAAAUAUAUUACUGGCACAGAUCUUCUGGACAUGAAGUUAGAAGAUAUUCUGGAAUCGGUCAAUAGCAUGAAAUCCAGGCUAAGCAAAAGUAUCCAGAUCCAGACACUGCUCAAAGCAUUUGAAGCUCGUGAUAGAAACAUACAAGAAAGCAACUUCGACAGGGUAAACUUCUGGUCCAUGGUCAACUUGGCAGUUAUGGUUGUGGUGUCAGCUGUUCAAGUGUACAUGCUGAAGAGUCUUUUUGAAGAUAAGAGGAAAACUAGAACUUAAUACUAUAGUGUCAUAAUAGCAAUAAACAGAGGGAAAUGCAAUACACUGUUACAGAAAAGGAUGUUUCUUCCCAGCUUGUUUUGAAUGAACAAUAUUUAACAUUCAUAUGUGACUUUUUAACGUGAGCAGAAUGCUUCUCUUUGCUCCAAGAAAUUGCAACAACUCAGAUUUUUAGAUGAUGCAUAACUUGUCUGAAUCUCCUCAGCCAUCUGUAUUGCAUAGAAUUAGUGGAGCAAGUUCAGAUUUUUAAUAUUGGGUAUGUCUUAAUGACAGUUGUCCUAAAGGUAAGGUUUUUAAAAAACAAAAAACUUUGAUUCAUGAAGUUAUGAAUUGAAUUGUGUAUUCAGUAUUUGAGUCCAUCUGACUGGGAAACGUCUGUUAAAUUUGUUAUGGGCAAGUCAGCCUGUUUCAGUGCAUAUAAGUGAAGAUUCUUGUGCCUUAUUUGUAGUAAUUAACAAAAUUCAAGAGAAAUUAACUGGCAUCUAAAACAUGGUGUUUAUAAACUCUUGUUCCUCACUUUGUGAAUUAAGCAGUCCUCUGACAUAAAUUUCAUUUUCAGUAAUGCUAUAACAAGAUCAGAAUCUUUAAGCCCUAUACAGCAGGAUUAUUGGUACAACAGCAUUGACCUUUUGUCUAAACUGCACAGCUAGUAUGCCAAAUUCAGAGUAGUAUUUUUAAAUUAGUCUUCAUGAUUAAAAUAAUCCCCUCUGGAUUAUUUAUGUAACAUGUUAACCCUUCAAGUGCCUAGGUAUACUAGCAACCCAAUGUUUAGGCCAUGGGGCCACAUGUGUACACACUUGUAAAUAGAUUCUCAUUAUGCACAAUUUAGCUUUGGAGAUUUGUUGAAUCUAUCUUUUACUCUGCCCUAUAAAUUAAUACAUUUGAGUUUUUAUAUACAGGCACAUUUAUGAGUGCCAAACCAGCUUUACUUAUAGCACUUUCAGGGGUGGCCAACCUGCGGCCUUCCAGAUGUUGGACUUUUUAGCCUCAGCCAGCAUGUCCAAUGGGUAGGGAUAAUGGGAGUUUUAGGUCAGUAACAUUUCUGUCCUAGAAAUCCAGUUGUGAGCAUGGUAAGAAUGGCGAUAAUGCCCCACUUACUAAGCUCAGGUUUUCAUGUUACCUACAGGGAACAGGGUUAAAUACUUGGUUUAAUUUCUAAUCCAAAUUUUACCUGUAAAAAAAGAGGGGUUAGUUACUUCAAAUUGGACAGAAGGGCUUGUUGAAAUCUGUCAGUCACAUACUGGUUUUCUUGAUCUUGGCAUGUGUGGUAUUAAACCUGCAUUUUUGACAACUUGUUGAAAUAACUGCUGUACGAUAAUCACUGAAAUUGACUUCUUGCUGAAUGGAAAUUUUCUUUGUGUUUAAAAGUAAAAUCUCAUGUUAAGCCUUAGCUGGAAGCUUGUUCCUAAGCUUGCCAUUUAAAAAUAGUACAAGAACCGACACUGGAUCAUUUCAAUGCUAGAAGCAAAUCCUGUUAAAUUCAUUGAAUUUGCUUCCUAAGUUAAGGAUAUUAAGCUGUGCAGCAUAAGCUUCCCAACUUUGUUUAAAGUAGUUAACUGUUGCUCUUCAAAAUGCUGUGCACAGCUGUAUUUCCUUGGGGAAGAAAUAGCACACAUCCUCUAUGUGCAAAUUUGGAUGCUGGGAGUAAACUCCAUGGCUGCAAUCCAGCAAACCUGGAUGUGCCAAACUGAUUCCUGAAUGCCACGAUUAGUAAUGCUGUGCUACUUGCUUUUCACAUAAAAAUACUUCUGUUUAAUACUUCAGAAAUAACUUCAGAUGCUAAAGCGGACCUGAAGGUACUCAUUUACUUCUCAGUAUGCUAAACAGCCCAUAAGUAUGGAGGUGUAUGUAAAAAAGUCUCUUUAGAAUUAAAUUUAGCUAAAGCUUUUGAGCCAGCAGGUAAUAUAAUUCUCAUAAACAUGAUUUUUAACCAGUAUUAAAGUGACAGUUGCUAAAAUAUCCAAGGACUAAUUUAGAGAUGAUACACAUAUGCCACAAAGUAACACCACUGUGUCUAAUAAAUGUUUUUCUGUUUUACUUACAUGCACAAGUUCUUAUCUGAACAUAUAAAGCAUACUAAGUCAUAAACAGCAGACUAAGUAGUUCUUAACUUUUGGCCCCCUUCUAUGUAUAUUCACUUGCAUCCAUAUGAAUAUUCUUAUACACCGAUCGGUCAAAUAACUGGGCUGAUUUAAAUUAGCACUGCUAGCAUAUAAGUGUCAGUUUUGAGGCUAGCUGUAGCUAUCUACUAAAUAUUAGUGCUGCAAGCAGGGUAAGAAGAAAGCCUUAAAGCUGAUUAGAUGAGGAAAUGCUUUGCAGUUUAAGGCAACUCAGGUAUUGAAUAUGAAUAUGCCAUGUAAAUGUGGAUAGUAGAGUUCAAAAGAUAAAUACCCUUAGUUUAUAAGGACUGUAAUGUUAAAAAAAAUCUUUACCAAAAAGCUGUGACUAAGCAUUCUACCUCUCAUGUUAUGCUACUACUAAUUGGCCUGUCCAUUGCCCAGUUCGGGCUUCCAACAAAAAUCUGAAAUGCCUAUGAAAUAGGGUGAUAUCCAACUACCAUACUUAGUAGACCAUUUAAAAUUAAUGGACUUAACUUAGUCAUGUGUAUAUGACUUUGUCAGAUAGCAGUAGUUUGGUAUAGGGGACUUAACAAGUUUGCCUACUACAGCACUCAUGAUUGCAUUGUAUAUUUUCAUAAUGAAUAGCGUGUGCAGCUGUGCAAAUAAAUGGAAUGGGUUAAAUGGCUAACUUAGUAAAGGAAUAUUAAAUGUAAUGCAAACGUAUUCAGUGUUUAUAGCAAUAAGACACAUGAAAUUCAAAGUAUAUUUUUCUUCAGGAGAGUGGAUAUACUUGCCGUGGUUAGACACUAAUGUGAGCAGCCUACUUAUUAAUAAGUACUACAAACAUAGUUUAUUCAUUAUACAACUUGCUGUAUAAACUUUGGCAUUCUACUGUACAGUAUCAAUUUAUCCCAGUUUAACAAGACUACA